AUGUGUCCGAAAUCUGACAACUUCGUGAAAAACAUCUUUGGCGGAGACUUCGAUCCAAAGAAAAAGUAUGUAAUUGCCAUACAAGGUGUGUCGACCAGUGGAAAGUCAACAUUCGUGGAAAAAUUAAAAGAUGUGCUGGCGAAUAGAUGUAGGAAGUCCUGUAAAGUAGUGGCAGUGUCAACAGACAACUUUUACAUGGACAAUCCAUUUAAAACACAAUCGCAGGAGGAGAUUGGCAGAUAUGACUUUGACAAUCCAGCAGCCAUAGACUGGAAUGCAAUGUUCAAAUGCUUCAAAUCAUAUCUCAGCGACGAUAAAAAAUGUACUAAAAGUUCGUAUGAUUUUAUAUCAAAAAUUAGAAGCGAAACCCAAAUUGAAAACCCAGGAUUUAACGUAAUUAUUGUUGAAGGAAUUUUUGCCCAUAAUUUAUUUAAUGAAAAAAUUUUUAACGUUUCACAGUACGAUAGUUUCAAUUCCGCAAAGGAAGUAACGGCUCCAUACAUUGAGAACACGUACAUUAACAAACUGCCAAAGUUUAAAAUAUUAAAGCUAUUUUUAGACUUAGACAAAGAGACCAUGCUUCGAGCCAGAAUCAGAGUCGAUAGACUAAGAUCAAAAAUGUCCAAGGAGGAGUCCAUUGCCCGUUUCAAUAACUUUGUGUAUCCAGCGACUUUAAAGUGGGUAAAAACGGCAAACUCCUGCAACACUCAUAAGAUACUAGCAAGGGGUACCAGAAAUAUUGAUGAGUGCAGCAAGGUAUUUACUGAGAUAGCAAACUUUUUUGGAGCAGGUAUUACGGAGGAAUAUCUCAGCAGUUAUCUGAGCCAACUGGCUAACGCUAUUCAUGAAGAUGAGAUGGAUUAA